GGGCUGGCUCGCAAGGCCCAGCCCGCACGCCUGCCUAAAGCCCUGCCCGGCCCGCUCCUCGCCCAGUACUGCGGAGGCUGAGCACGCGGCUCCAGCUCCUGCGCUCAGGGAGAGCAGCAGCCAUGUCUGAGUUGGAAGAAGUGGUGGAGGAGUACGAGGAGGAGCAGGAAGAGGAAGCUGCAGCAGAAGAGGAGGACUGGAGAGAGGAAGAGGAUGAGCAGGAGGCAGGGGAAGAGGAGGAGGCUGGGGGCGGAGCCGAAGCUGAGGCUGAGACCGAGGAGACCCAGGCCGAGGAAGAUGGACAAGAAGAGGGAGAUAAAGAGGAUGAAGAUGGCCCCGUGGAGGAGUCCAAACCCAAGCCAAGGCCCUUCAUGCCCAACUUGGUGCCGCCCAAGAUCCCCGAUGGCGAGAGAGUGGACUUCGACGACAUCCACCGCAAGCGCAUGGAGAAGGACCUGAACGAGCUGCAGACGCUGAUCGAGGCGCACUUCGAGAACCGGAAGAAGGAGGAGGAGGAGCUGGUUUCUCUCAAGGACAGGAUCGAGAAGCGGCGUGCGGAGCGGGCCGAGCAGCUGCGCAUCCGGGCGGAGCGCGAGAAGGAGCGGCAGAACCGCCUGGCUGAAGAGCGCGCCCGGCGCGAGGAGGAGGAGAGCAGGAGGAAGGCGGAGGACGAGGCGCGCAAGAAGAAGGCGCUGUCCAACAUGAUGCACUUCGGCGGCUACAUCCAGAAGACAGAGCGCAAAAGUGGGAAGAGGCAGACUGAGCGGGAGAAGAAGAAGAAGAUUCUGGCCGAGAGGAGGAAGGUGCUGGCCAUUGACCACCUGAAUGAAGAUCAGCUGAGGGAGAAGGCCAAGGAGCUGUGGCAGAGCAUCUAUAACCUGGAGGCGGAGAAGUUCGACCUGCAGGAGAAGUUCAAGCAGCAGAAAUACGAGAUCAACGUCCUCAGAAACAGGAUCAACGACAACCAGAAAGUCUCCAAGACCCGCGGGAAGGCCAAAGUCACCGGACGUUGGAAGUAGAGGCCAACCUUGGAAGUCGGAGACCGCCCGCCCGUUCAUGUCCCCGCCUGCGCGCCCCAGCCGCCGCGCCCUCCUGGGCACCCAAGGCCGACUCGUGUCUGGAGACCCCCACUCCCGACCGCCCCCACCCACACCACGCUGAAAUAAAGUCAUCUUGCACCGCA